GCAAAUCACUUUACAAAACACAUUUCAAAUCCCUUUCAAGCUCUUGUUUUUUUUUUAGCUUAUCCAUACAAACCAUACAACUUUUUUCCUUCCAGAAACUUGGUAAGUAUGGAGGAAAACAAUUCUACUACAGAUCAGAACUCCUUUUCGACUCUCGGUCCAGUCGAAGGAGAGUCCCUCAACAUGUCAUGGCUCAAUCAUAUAUUUAUCGAAAGGCUAUUUCUCAAUACAGAUUAUCCAGAGUUCAAAUACAAUGUUGAUAAAGCACUGGAGCGUGGUCUUAUUUCUUCACUAAGCGUUGCUAGCCAUAUCACUGCCAUUUUUGGUCAGCAGGAAGAAUAUCAACUUGGUAAAGUGCUAGAAUACCAGACGGUAACUUCUUCAACGGCUUUGAGAUGGUUGUUGAUUUCGUAUGGAUCGUCUUCAACACGGAAAUUCUUCGUGAAUAUGUGUAUGGAUGUCGCGAAGGAGGUUGAUGGACUAAUGAAAACAGAACCGGGACGAAGUGUCUACGUGCGAGAUGACCAACUCCAUGCUCAACAGAUCACGGCAAAGGAAUGGAUCGAAAAAGUAAAGAAAUAUGCGGGAGUGUUGAACUAUUGGUUGCGAAUCGCUGAAGAGCAACUUAAAUUCGAUCAGCGCUGGGGCACAUCCAAGAAGUGGGUUUUGCAUGGAGACGGUUGGGGACACUUGGAAAAUAUUUGGGCAACAGGGGUUAUGGAGAGAUUGGCGACAAAUCUCCAGGAGGCAAAGUCGAAGAUUGCGAUGAAGUUGAUGGAGGCUGGACAAAAUCCCGACUAUAGUCUACAAUAUGUCAAUUUGUUGCGAGAUGCAGGCGUCGCAGAUGGCGGAGAACCAGAGAGAUUGGUAUUCUGGCCUCAGACCGGCAGACUAGAAUGGGUUUGUCCAACGCAAGAGCCAACAAUUUCGAAGGUGGCAGGAGAGAAAAUUCAACUGAGUGCAGGUCUUUUUUUAGAUGGCAUUUCGCGACGAUGUCAGGUCGCUGCUGUCCAAGAAACUGCUCCUCACUUAGAGCCGAAAAGCCUUCCAAUUGAACAAGAUACGCUUGAUCAGCAUCCUGGUCCUCGAAUACUUAUAAACGGAAUUUCCGAUCAUCAGGAUGUUUCUUCUCAAGGACUCCCUGAUUGCUAUGCUACUACAGGCUCAGAAGCUGCUUCUCAAACAAGAGUUGGAAUUCCUCCUGUGGGACAAGAUACGGCACAAGUACUUCCAGGUCUGCCUUCUAAUGACCGGACUAGUGAGAAUAUCGCACCUCGAGUCAAGACAAACAUGUUUGCUACUGACUGGGAAGAUACCACUCCAGUAGUACCAGGCAAAUCUACAACAUGGUAUUGGGGCCGAGAACCACGUCCAAUUGGUCAUGACAACGUUCCCUAUGAAUUAGGAGAUUCUAGAUUCUGGUAUUCUGCAAGAAAGUCGUCCGAUACACCUAAUGCAAUUGAGCCUGGCGUAACAACACCUCUUUCGUCUCUUCCGGGAACUAAGACCGAGAAAAAUGAGUCGGCUUCUUGGUUUGGAGGGCUUGGCUGCGAUGUAAACACACUUCCAGGCACCAAGGCUGAUGUCACUAAGAAAGAAGACACAGGAGGCACCAAUUCUGGUCAUAUCACUAGUAAUAAUCGACCAUAUAUUCAUAUUGAUUUGGCUGACCUAGGAGAGAGAUUGGCAAUUUUGGACGCUGCAGAACUGGGAGCAAUGCAUGAAAGAAAACAGCAAGAAAAUCGAAGCUUAGCAGAACAGACACUGUUGGAUCUACCAAGAAGAGACACACAACUUUUGAAAGAACUUCAGCAUUCUGUAAAGAUAAAGGAGAACCUGCUGGAAAAGCUAGACAGUGAUACACCAAUAGCUUCGAAAAUGGAUGCGGUAGGAAUAUUCCUUGACGCGGUAGAAGUAGAGACUGAGAAGGUACAAGGAUGGACAGAGGACCUGAGACAAGCCGAGGCGGAAAUUGAUCGUGGUUAUGAUGGAGAUUGGGAGGAGGAAUUGCAAAGCGAGGAAGCGCAUAAAAACAAGGAAGCAAUGUUGAGAAAAAGUGCAGAAUACCCAUCAUCAUCACAAGGAGAGAACCAUACACAGAUGAUCGAAGGAUCCUCAACAAGAUUGCUUGCAAAGGGAGAGAGUAUUGAGAACGAAAAGCAAGAGGCUGAGGCAAAUGUGCAUGAGGAGGCAGAGAAGACAGAUGCAGGCGAAGUGAUGGAACCCGCGGUAGCUCAAGCUGUCGGACGAUUAUCAUUGGGAGAUUGGAAUGAUGGCAGCGUGGCUGGCUCAGACACCCGUGUCUAUGAUGGUAUCGAUCCAAGUUCGUCAGUCGAGGAUAAAACUACCAAGGCAGACUAUACAGCAGAAGAACACGACGUUCUCUCGCCACUCACGGGUAACUGAUCGAGAGCAAGGACGGAGAUAGAGAACUAAAUUGGACGGUUUCGAGCGCGCUGAGUAUCGCACAUUAGUACGUACUGUAGAUAAUAUGAAGCUGCGGGACUUUAGCA